AAGAGCCGUUUGUUUUGGGGUAAAACUCACUGCGUGAGUUUACUUGCUGCUGGUGUACUUGGUCACAGCCUUGGUUCCUUCACUGACGGCAUGUUUCGCCAGUUCACCGGGCAAAAGCAGCCUGAUGGCGGUCUGGAUCUCGCGAGAGCUGAUUGUUGAUUUCUUGUUGUAGUGGGCAAGGCGGGAAGCUUCGGUGGCGAUGCGCUCGAAGAUGUCGUUGACGAACGAGUUCAUGAUGCCCAUGGCUUUGCUGGAGAUACCAGUGUCAGGGUGAACUUGCUUCAACACCUUGUAGAUGUAGAUGGCAUAACUUUCCUUUCUCUUUCCUCUCCUCUUCUUCUUUGCAUCACCUCCGGCGGCCUUUGCCUUUCCAGCCUUCUUCUCGCCUUUCUUUCCUGCAACUUUGAGUGGCAUGUUUGUAGAUCACAAAGGAUUUGAAAUGCCUCACAGUUCGAUGUAUCUUGUAUUUAUGUCAAAGGAGCGGAAAGAUCAAUUAACAUGCGGAUCGAAAAACUCGUUCAGUGAUUGGCCGGUUUCACAUUUCUUUCAAUACUGUGACCUCCUCGGUCAACUUAUGAUUCAUAUGAACAAGCAUAUUAAAUGAACAAGUUUUGAUUGGUGCAUUUCGAUCCUGUAUGUUAAACAGCUCAUUAUAAAAAGUGCAGAUCGCCUAACAUUGCUCAUUUCUGAGUCCUCGUAAAGUACACAAACUAUCAAUUCGAACUAUCCAAAAUGUCUGGUCGCGGUAAAGGCAAAGCCAAGGGCACCAAGUCCAAGAGCCGAUCAUCCCGAGCAGGGCUUCAGUUCCCUGUCGGUCGUAUUCACCGUCUUCUUCGCAAAGGCAACUAUGCCGAGCGUGUUGGUGCAGGUGCUCCAGUUUACUUGGCGGCUGUGCUCGAGUAUUUGAGCGCUGAGAUCCUCGAGUUGGCGGGCAACGCUGCUCGUGACAACAAGAAGACAAGAAUCAUCCCUCGUCACCUUCAGCUGGCCGUCCGUAAUGACGAAGAGUUGAACAAGCUUCUCGCCGGUGUCACCAUCGCCCAAGGAGGUGUUCUUCCCAACAUCCAGGCUGUUCUUCUGCCCAAGAAGACUGAGAAGAAGGCGAAAGCUUAAACUGAAGCUUUCACUUACAAACAAACGGCUCUUUUAGGAGCCACCAAAUGUUAUGAAAGUCAAAACCAACAGAGAAUGCAGUCAUAAAACCAAUGAGGAAACGAACAAAAAAGACAUACAGAUAAAACGCCUAAUUCAUUUAUUGCACCAGCAAAAUGCCGUCAAUGAUAAGAAAAGGUUUCUCUGAAGUUAUUUGAAGACAUUUAAUAAGCCAGGAGUCCCGGUUUACGGUCGUUUCGAUACACGUUUAUUCAGUUUAGGUGUAAAUAGUUCCACGUAAGAAUAUUCACCCAAAAUGUUUUUCAUGCAGACCCGCAAACUAUAUACUUGAAGUGAUCGAAAUUUUUGUGCAAUAUCACUGCCCGAGUUCGUAUCUUAACGACUUGUAUCGAAACGACCGAACUCCGGAGCCCCUUGUGCCGAAUUUAAGCGGGUCUACUUUCCGUACACGGAAAAAAAAUUCUUUUGAUCUGUCUCUUUCAAAGUUUACUCUUGUUUGCUUGAAUUGAGUUGGUGAACAUUUGCUUUCUUUUCAAUCCUUCAUUCAAAUGUAAAUUAGAACAGCCACUUGAAUGAAUUACCGAAGCGUACGCGCGGGCGGAAACGGGACUCACGAUCCGUUACAAAAAUUGCGCCCGCUGCUUUCUGUCGCAAAACCAGGCGGUGUGCGUCACGAGAUUCGACCAAUCAGAAUGCGUCAUUUGUAGAGUGAUUUUCGCGCUCGGAAAGAGCUGUUUUCAGAGGUAUACGUGGUGAAAUUUUCGCUUUAUUCCAAGCUUGUGUUGGCAAUUUCGACACUAUACCGCCGUGGAAAGUUGUUGGAACACUUUAUCUUAAUAGCAGUUGCGUUACUUUUAAAUAUUUUGCUUUCUUGAGCGUUUGUGACAAGUUUGAAUUGCUCGGUCAUGUGCAGGCGGCCAUGAUUAUUUGAGUUUUGUUUUCCCCGUUCUUCUUGGAUUUAUUGCAGGUUACUGUUAGCGGUUUUAUAGCAUUAUUUUGGCCAUCUUGUUACUUCAACCUUUCUUCUUUUGCAAAUUUCGGGGUCUACCUGGGUCUACCCCCUUUAGUUUUCCCGUUAUGAGCCGUUGAAAGUGUCUUGGAAUUAAGACAUCGUCUCAGCCAAGUGGCAUAACUCCCGGGAAACGCGCUGUGAAAACAUGUCGAAGCGGAAGCCGACGUGAAGCGAGUAACGCCAAAUCCAGGAAGACUUUGUUCUAUUUUAAACCACAAAAGGUAAAUAAGUUUGAAUAUUGUAAUAACCUUUGGAAACAAAACAUUUUUCAUAACCCAGUGCGGAAACUGAAAGCGUGACUUUAAAAUAAUUUGCAUGCGGUGUGUGCUACGUGUAUGCAAAUCUUUGUGUAAACUUAUGUGAGGGAAUAAAUUGUUAUAAAUCUCUCUUUGAGGUUAGGUUUUACUUUAUAACAAAAUCGAUAUACUGCGCUCACUUUAAUGACCGCACAGACAAGAUCGUGGUUUAUUUCACUGUUUAUUUCUGCGGCUGUAGCUUCGGUGAAAUUCCGAUUGUCCUGCAGCUGUUCGGCUCUUUUCGGUCUGUUUUCCCCCCUGCCUGAUAGAAGAUUUAUUUGCGCAUAAGGAUUUCAAACGGGCACUGUUUUCAAAAUAAUAUAAACUUGUCGAUGAAAAUAAAAUUGUUAUGAGAGACGAUUUCUCACCUUGCUGUUUGCACGCGCUCCCCUGCUUUGCCGGUAACAAAGUCCAUCAAAUAUAUAAACACUUCUAAUGGACGAAUUUUUUUUUUUUUUAGUUAAGCAAAUCCAGGUAUGAACUACAGAUCUCUUUCACUAUGAGAUAAAAACAUACAUAUAAACCAAACAGUACAUAAAAUCUUAUGACAAGCAGGAAAUUAGUCGCCGCUCAAAGUCGGCUAGAUCGCACGAUCGUCUCCGAAUCGCGAUAAACUUCUUGAAAUUGCCUUAUGAAGCCAAUAGCAAUCAUCUAACGCCACUAUGAGAUCUUGAAAAUUCUCGAAAUCGUUCUCUUCCGUAAUGUUUUUCGGAAAAGGCAGCAGUGUUUUGAUCGCUGGGUUUGAUUAAUUUCUCUCACGAGAUGCGAACUCGACCGUGUCACGAUUGAAAUGAGGCACAGUAACAGGUUUACCCAUGAACCUUUGUGGGUCGUGACGCACACCGCCUGUCGCAAAACACUAGCCUGUGUAACACAAGACAUCAAUUUUUAAAAUGAAAGACUAGGUUGCUGUAGGGGUAGCCUGUUUCUUAACGCCUGGAAUAGGCUAAAAUAGGGGGGAAAACAGUCACAAUAAACCCUAGAAUCUUAAACGACAUCAGCUGAAAGCCGAACAAGCAAUGAUGCGCAGCGCGCUAUGAAGCUCCACGCACGAAGAGAUCAGAAGUCCGGUCUCGGGAGCUACAUAUUUCAUAAUUUAAACGAUGGGAAACCUUUGGACUCCUCCCUUAUUCUGAGAAAAGACCUCUGAAGCUAGGGUAAGAAAUUAAGAAAUAAAUGAAACUGCCAUCAUGAUUCGCGUGAAUCAUAGCCUCUUCACAGAUCCUCUAUUUUGUCUUCAACGUCCGUCGUGUGCGCGUGAUAAAAAAUACUUAUUGACAGUCAGCGCUCGCCGAUGUUUUCGAAAAGAAAAAUAAAACAACGCCUGUGUACAGUCUACGUGAAUCACCGUUUGUUUGAGAUACCUGAAACUUAUUGGACUAGUAAGACUUGCGCGCUUGAUGUUUCAACUCAAAAAGAUUGAGAAUCGGUUUAUUGGUCAUGAUUUUUAGGAAUUUGGUGGCUCCUAAAAGAGCCGUUUUUGUUGUAAUGACGGUGUACGUGUAGUUUAACCUCCGAAUCCGUACAGGGUACGUCCUUGGCGCUUGAGAGCGUACACCACAUCCAUGGCGGUCACGGUCUUGCGUUUGGCGUGCUCGGUGUAAGUCACAGCAUCACGGAUGACAUUCUCAAGGAAAACUUUGAGAACUCCACGAGUCUCUUCAUAAAUCAAGCCAGAGAUACGCUUGACACCGCCACGGCGAGCAAGACGACGGAUAGCAGGCUUGGUGAUGCCUUGAAUGUUGUCCCGAAGGAUCUUUCGGUGACGCUUGGCGCCUCCUUUUCCGAGGCCUUUGCCUCCUUUGCCGCGACCAGACAUGCUUAACACAAUUCAAAGAAUCGAGUAAUAACCGAUAGUCUCCGGCUCGACGGUUUUAUAAGGCAAAGAACGACCUCUCAGAAAGCAUUACACGAUAACAUCUUCCUAUUGGACGAUUAUAGGGUCCAAGGGUCAGUUUAAUAAUAGAUAAACGAAUGCAAAAUAUGCUACAGGCAAGUCACGUUAGCUGCGUAAGAAUCAUCCAGCAUUUGAUCGAUAGUGCAGUAUAAGCCUACGAACGAUCAGUUUAGUAGUAACUUAGGCAGUUCAUUUGCCGCAGAAUAUCAUUUUAAGCCAAAAUCCUGGCUAAGGUCGAUCAUUAUAACUACGUCGGAUCGAACUUUGAACACCCAUCUGUGAAAGAUUUAUAAUGAGCCAAUCAAAUACCUUAACUCUGAACCAAUCGGAAAGAAGCCCGCCAUAUAUAAAUUUAACCGGUGAGUUCUUGUUUUUAUUCCUUGAUAUUCAAGUCUUCAAAGAUGGCGCGUACAAAGCAAACUGCUCGCAAAUCAACUGGUGGAAAAGCUCCACGCAAACAGCUAGCCACAAAGGCAGCUCGUAAGAGCGCGCCUGCCACUGGUGGAGUCAAGAAACCUCAUCGUUACAGGCCCGGUACAGUCGCCCUUCGUGAGAUCCGUCGUUACCAGAAAUCUACCGAGCUGUUGAUACGCAAACUUCCAUUCCAGCGUCUUGUGCGAGAAAUCGCUCAGGACUUCAAGACCGACUUGCGCUUCCAGAGUUCUGCCGUGAUGGCUCUUCAAGAGGCAAGCGAGGCUUAUCUUGUCGGUCUGUUUGAAGACACCAACUUGUGCGCCAUCCACGCCAAGCGCGUGACCAUUAUGCCCAAGGACAUUCAGUUGGCCCGCCGAAUCCGUGGAGAGCGAGCAUAA